UCUUCAGCCGCUGGCUUCCUCUCCCGGUGCAAGCAUGUCCCUUCUCUUGUGCCUGCUCAUGAUGCCCAGCCUGGUACUGCCUAUGCCCACACCGCCCAAGCCAAGCCAGGAGCUGGCACUGCAAGAUGAAGUCAACAUCCUUCUCCACGGCAUCCUGCAGUUUGGUCAGGCCCUCAACCGCAUUUAUAGAGCCACUGAGGCCCAACUUGAUGAGGCUAGCCGCAGCCUGGGUCUUUAUGAGCAGACCGUGGUUAUGCUUCAGGAGGAUCUGGGCAGUACCCAGGCACGAACACAAGAGCUGGAGAGGAGUCUAGAGGAGAUCCAGGCAGAAGAGAAGAGCUUGGAAUUACAAGCUCAGGGAGCUGGGAUCGCACUCAAGAAAGUGAUGGAGGGGCACCAGGUUCUUCAGCAGAGAGUGGAGAAGCUCCAGGGGGCCCUGGCAGCUGUGGUGCCCAGAAACACCCAGAAGGAGCUUGAAGACCUAAAGCUCUAUGCGGACAAACAAAGUCAGAUCAUCUGGUCCCUGAUGGGUCACAUACAGAGGCAGCAGCGAGAGCUCGACCAGCAACGACAGCAGCUGUCUCACAUUCGGGAAAGGCUCCAAGCUGGAGCACUCCCAUCCUGAGCUAGCUGGGAAAGAAGACCGAGCCCAAGUAAGAUGGCCCCUGGAACAAGGGCCUCAGCAGGGGAGAAGACGAUCAUUCCGAUCCUUGCUGACUCUGAACGUCUGGAGAGUAUGCUCUGCACUCAGAGGACCUGAGUUCAAAGGCCGGAUGUCACUUACUAUCUGUGUGACCUUGGCCAAGUCACAACCUCCCUGGACCUCAGCUGUAGAAUGAGGGGAGUGGACGGGAUGGCCUGAGGUCCCCACCAGCUCCGGAGCUAUGAUCCCCACGUCCCUCCCCAAGGGGCCUCUAUGGCAGUGGCCCUGCCUAAGAGCUUGGAGGGCUGAGGGAGGCUGGCCAAAGCAUUCGGGGAAGCUGGCCAGAGGAGAGGCAGCCUCGGGGCUUGAGCCCCCAGGCAGGCUGCAAAGCUGACAUUAAACCAUGGUUGUGGCCGGUA